AUUCCCCUUUGUUCGGGUUCGCCAUUUUGCGAGGCAGCGGCAGUGGCGGCGGCAGCGGCGGCUGGAGCCUCUGAUUGGGUUUCGGGGUCCGGUACUGGAGCCAAUCAGCGCGGGCAGCGAACCGGGGGAGCGAGGCACGGAGUGCAUUUCGCAGUCUUCUAGGAUCUCCUGAGUGAAACUCACUGUGGACAGGAUUCUAACUUGGAGGGAUCAUGGAGCAGUAUACAGCAAACAGCAAUAGUUCGACAGAGCAGAUUGUUGUGCAGGCUGGACAAAUUCAGCAGCAGCAGCAGGGUGGUGUCACUGCUGUCCAGUUGCAGACUGAGGCCCAGGUGGCAUCCGCCUCAGGCCAGCAAGUCCAGACCCUCCAGGUAGUCCAGGGGCAGCCAUUAAUGGUACAGGUCAGUGGAGGCCAGUUAAUCACGUCAACUGGCCAACCUAUCAUGGUCCAAGCUGUCCCUGGUGGACAAGGUCAAACCAUCAUGCAAGUACCUGUGUCUGGGACUCAGGGUUUGCAGCAGAUACAAUUGGUCCCACCUGGACAGAUUCAGAUCCAGGGUGGGCAGGCUGUGCAGGUGCAGGGCCAGCAGGGUCAGACCCAGCAGAUCAUCAUCCAGCAACCCCAGACAGCAGUCACUGCUGGCCAGACCCAGACACAGCAGCAGAUUGCUGUCCAGGGACAGCAGGUGGCACAGACCGCUGAAGGGCAGACUAUUGUCUAUCAGCCAGUUAAUGCAGACGGCACCAUUCUACAGCAAGUUACAGUCCCUGUUUCAGGCAUGAUCACCAUCCCAGCAGCCAGUUUGGCAGGAGCACAGAUUGUUCAGACAGGAGCCAACACCAACACAACCAGCAGUGGGCAGGGGACUGUCACUGUGACACUACCAGUGGCAGGCAAUGUGGUCAAUUCAGGAGGGAUGGUCAUGAUGGUGCCUGGUGCUGGCUCUGUACCUGCUAUCCAAAGAAUUCCUCUCCCUGGGGCAGAGAUGCUCGAAGAAGAGCCUCUCUAUGUGAAUGCCAAACAGUACCACCGUAUACUAAAGAGGAGGCAAGCCCGGGCUAAACUAGAGGCGGAAGGGAAAAUUCCAAAGGAAAGAAGGAAAUACCUGCAUGAGUCUCGGCACCGUCACGCCAUGGCUCGGAAGCGUGGUGAAGGUGGACGGUUUUUCUCUCCAAAGGAAAAGGAUAGUCCCCAUAUGCAGGAUCCAAACCAAGCAGAUGAAGAAGCAAUGACACAGAUCAUCCGAGUGUCCUAACCCCAGGCCAUGUGAUGGAGCAGAUCAAGGUCAUGUUCCUCGCCACUGCUUCCCACUGUUCCAGGAAAUUGAUCACCUCUUCCGAUGGGACACUGACGAUUACGUGCUGCCCUUUUCUACAGGACAGAAACCACUUAGUUUUUAAUAAGUGGCUCAGUAUUAUAAUUGCAGCGAUGUCUGGCAAAUUGAAGUUGCAAGCCUUUGUCUCGCCCUUUCAGACAGGACCUAUUUCAGACUGUUGAUGACAUUGACAUUUCAUGGAUUAGGAUGAUGCAAGGGACCGGUGCACGUAAGUGCACACACAGCACUUAUGUUGGCUUCUGAAGCCAGCCAGCCAUCUUAGCAGGGGAGAAUAACCUUCUCAACCAAGACUGCAAUCAGGGAAGCCUACGCCCACUCCUUCCCAUGGAAUCUAAGCAGCAUCUAUCCUCUGAUGGGGGAUCUCAGGCUGACUCACUGGACACUUUGUAUUCAGAGGUGGCUUCCAAGCAAGGCAGCUCCAUCUCAUGACAUGGAAACAAUAAAUUCUCUGAGAUACAUUCAUCUAAUCUGUGGUAAUAAUAGGAAUCUCUGUCUACCCAGAUGAUAGAUUGUUAUUUUUGGACUCCAGCCAAGAAAAAGCUAACUCUGGGGAUAGAUGACAAAAGACUCCAGCAUUAAAAAUAGAAAUUGCUGAAUCUCUCUUUUUUUAAAGCUUUGACAAGUUGUGGUCUGUUUGUCUGUCUGCUGACAGAUCAUCUGGACCAUAGUUCUUGCUUCUGCUACUUUUAAAGACAAUUUAGAGGGUACUGGACCUUUGAAACUGCCUUUCCUAAGUAGAAAACAAAACCAUAGAACAACUUCUGUGCUGAAGUGCUGAGGACAUUUGUAGUAACUCCUAAACAGAAAGCCAAACUAGAGGGGUUGUUUUGUUUUGUUUUGUUUUUUUAAGUAGGCUGCACACCCAGCGUGGAGUCCAGUGCAGGGCUUGAACUCACAUCCCUGAGAUCAAGACCUGAGCUGAGAUCAAGAGUCAGAUGCUCCACUGACUGAGUCACCCAGGUGCCCCUAGAGAUUUUCAAUCAUAGGCUUUAUGACACCAUUUGUGGGGAAGAGAAGGGUUCACACAUGUUUCAGUCUAGCAGGAGAAGAAAGUAGUAUAUAUAUAUAUAUAUAUAUAUAUAUAUAUAUAUACACACACACACACACCCAUGUUUGUCAUGUAGCAUGAUUCUCCAAUGGAUGGAUGCCUGGGAUGGAUCAUUAAGAUGAAAAGAAUAAUUUACAUUUAUACUUUAACCUUUUAACAAGCAUGGACAGGGAGAAGUCUGAGAAGUGCUCUUUGACAGUUUCUGUCUGGAAAGCAUUGUUCAAUCACACUCUCCUGGACGUAUUCCAACUCACCUCAAGUUUUAAGGAGAAUGUGUUGGCUUCUCUCCUGCAGCACUUUGUUCUGUGCUGGACCCAGAGAGCGAACAUUCGCUUUCUUCCCCUGGCAGCUGAUUCUUCGGUGCCAGUUUCCAUGUUUUCCCUUUUCUACAUAGGCCUUGUACAGCAGAAAGGUUUUUACAUUGCAUCCAUGUUCUGGGGAUAAGCUGCUGGUUGGUAAUGGUGAUGCCUGCAGGGUCAAGCAUUGGGCCACAGUUCCCAGGAUGGACUGUGCCUCGGAAAUCUCUCUCUUUGCUGGAUGUUGAAGCUGGGGGAAUAAAGAUAUUUCAAAAAGAGUUGCUUCCUUCUCUAGAAACAAGGAAGAUGUAAUUCUUUUGAAGAUCACUUGGGUUUGAUUUAAAUACCAGGAGUAAGGAUUGGCACUUUGUGUGAUUUCACUUUCAUCAUAUUAAGAGGGAAAAGAAAAUAAACCCUCUGAAGAAAAUAUCACAAAGGGAAAUAAUAGUAAUGAUAGAAACAGGUACAGAGCUUUGCAAAGAAAGCAAGAAGUGAAGUAUUUCCCUAGUCCUUGGUAUCAUCUGUCCUAUCUUUUAGAUGUCAGGAGAGGCCAACCCUUCAGUAGGCUCACUAGAAAUUUCUGGCUCUUUAAGUUUCAGACACUGGCUUUAUUCAGUAGGGCCCAAGUUUUUUGGAUGAUAGUUCACUAAAAACAAUGAGAAAUUUCUAUCCCUUGGUGUGUUUAGGAGUCUCUAAGAUGCAGAGCUCAGAAAGAAAGUUCUCAGAUCUAAGCCAACAGCAGUUCUAAAAUGCUAUUUAUUUGUGUCUGUAAGUUUGUACAUAGUAAUAUCAACCUCAUAUUGUUGCAGGUGUUUUUUUUUUUUUCCAUAAGUUUUGAGUUGUGUUUUGUUUGAAAUGAAAUGCUUCAGUUGUCAUUUUGUCACUGCAUUUCAGAUAGCUCAUGGCCCUUUUAUUUGGCCAUUUUAGCACACCAUAAUAACCCACAAAGUGGGGGGUUUGAGAUUUGGACUUUUUCUUUGUUACUAGAAGUUCUUUUAUUUGUCCUUGUGACUGUAGUGAUGACAUCAUAGAUGCAGAAAGAGUGAAUGGAUGAGUGAAUAAUUGGUUCAAUGCAUAGUUACUUCACUUCCUGAGUGCUCUUUUUGACAAGAUAAUUGUAAAUGUAUAUAUUUUAAUUGCACUGGUACAUUGAACAUGUCAGUGUCUAUACCACUGGACCAACAGAGCUUUUUCUGGCUGUUGGGUGCCUGAUAAUAAUGUCUUGAUUUUCCUUUGGGACUCAACAAUAUAGGUUUUUCUCCCAGCAGUAGGGGGAGUACAAAUGACAGAUCAUUGAUGUCACUGCAAUUGUUAUUUUUUAAAAUAAAUUUGUAAAAAUAACUAAAAAAUGA